AAUACAUACUUGCCACUUCUCCAACUCUCUAGACCCUUCUCCAUUUCCCCUUAAUUUCACUUAAAAGCUUGUCAUUGUUCUCCAAUCAUGCUCACACUCUCCUUCAAUGGCUACUCUUUUCACCAGUUCAUGCACUUGUUCUACACCAACCCAAAAGAACCACUUUUCUUAUUCAUUUUCCAAGAAGACCCACUCAUCUACAUUUCCCUCCAAAGCCCAAGUUAAAAGAUUCAAUUUUGCGGUGAAAUAUGAAAGAACAGAGGACUCUGAUUCUCCUAUUUCCUCAUCAUCUUCUGCUGUGAUUUCGAAAGACGAAGAAAACAAAGAUGCUCAUGAGAAAGAUUUGUCUGGGGAUGGAGAGAGUGAAGUGGAGGUUGAGGAACAACAAGAAAUGGAUUGGAAAACGGACGAGGAGUUCAAGAAAUUUAUGGGGAAUCCUUCGAUUGAGGCAGCUAUAAAGUUGGAGAAGAAAAGGGCUGAUAGGAAGCUUAAAGAACUUGAUAGAGAAAAUGCUGAUAAUCCUGUUGUGGGGUUAUUGAAGAAACUGGCUAUUGACAGUUUGUCUAGGCAGAAAGAGAGGCUGGAGAAAGCUGAGGAGGCUUUUAAGGCUCUUGAUCUUAAUAAGUUAAAGGACUGUUUUGGAUUCAAUACAUUUUUCGCUAGGGAUGUGAGGAGAUUUGGGGAUGGAGGAAUUUUUAUCGGAAAUCUAAGGAAACCUGUUGAAGAAGUUAUUCCAGUAUUGGAGCAAAAGCUAUCUGAAGCUGCUGGGAGGGAGGUUGUAAUCUGGCUUAUGGAGGAAAAAACUGAUGACAUUACCAAACAGGUUUGCAUGGUACAACCAAAAGCGGAAAUUGACCUCCAGUUUGAGUCGACCAGGCUGAGCACUCCUUGGGGCUAUAUAAGUUCUGUACUUUUAGGUGUCACAACGUUUGGAACAAUAGCCUUGAUGAGUGGCUUCUUUCUUAAACCUGAUGCUACAUUCAACGACUACCUAGCUGAUGUUGUUCCUCUCUUCGGUGGCUUCCUAACAAUUCUGGGAGUUUCAGAGAUAGCCACAAGGAUAACCGCAGCACGUUGUGGUGUUAAAUUGAGCCCGUCCUUUUUAGUGCCCUCCAAUUGGACUGGAUGCUUGGGAGUGAUGAAUAAUUACGAGUCUUUGCUGCCAAACAAGAAGGCUCUUUUUGAUAUUCCUGUCGCAAGAACAGCCAGUGCAUAUCUAACAUCCCUAUUACUUGCAGUUGCCGCUUUUGUGGCUGAUGGCAGCUUUAAUGGAGGCGAUAACGCAUUGUAUAUAAGGCCUCAAUUUUUCUUCAAUAACCCUUUGCUUUCGUUCAUCCAAUUCGUAAUAGGCCCAUACACCGAUGACCUAGGGAACGUAUUACCAUAUGCAGUUGAAGGUGUGGGAGUCCCUGUUGAUCCACUUGCUUUUGCUGGACUCUUAGGAAUGGUGGUAACAUCAUUGAACUUGUUGCCAUGUGGAAGACUCGAAGGUGGGCGCAUUGCUCAAUCCAUGUUCGGAAGAAGCACAGCCAGUGUCUUAUCUUUCACGACUUCAUUACUCCUUGGCAUCGGUGGUCUAAGCGGGAGUGUCCUCUGUUUGGCAUGGGGACUGUUUGCAACAUUCUUCAGAGGCGGAGAAGAAAUCCCGGCAAAGGAUGAGAUCACUCCGUUGGGAGAUGAUCGAUAUGCUUGGGGGCUCGUACUCUUUCUCAUAUGUUUUCUUACUCUCUUUCCAAACGGGGGAGGGACAUUUUCUAGCUCAUUCCUUAGUGCUCCUUAUUUCAGGGAUGGUUUGUGAACAGGAGUAUAGAACUGUUUGUUGUUGGUGUGUGGCUAUUAGUGUAUUACUAGUACUUAGUAGUAAGAUAUGUGGUAUAAAAACAUCUCCAAUUAGCUUGAAAAAUCUUAGCAAACAAUCUACAUGACAUACCAAAAAAAUCUGAAGCAAGGUAAGAAUCCAGUUCUUGAA